GACGCCCCCUGCUGCGCCGCGGAGACUUUUGCUGGGCGAGGACUUUAGCAGCGAUGGAGAACGGAGCAGUGUACAGUCCCACCACCGAGGCGGCCCCGGGCGCGGGCCGGAGUGCGCGCAGCGGCCUAGCCGCCUACUUCUUCCUGGGCCGGCUGCCGUGGCUUCGGCGCAUUCUCAAAGGCUUGCAGCUGCUGCUGUCUUUGCUGGCCUUCAUCUGUGAAGAGGUUGUGUCCGAAUGCACGUUGUGCGGAGGCUUGUACUUCUUUGAGUUUGUGAGCUGCAGCGCCUUUCUCCUGAGCCUCGUCCUGCUGAUCGUGUACUGCACACCAGUGCAUGACAGAGUGGAUGCUGGGAAAGUCAAGUCGUCGGAUUUUUAUAUCACCCUGGGAACGGGGUGUGUGUUUCUUUUGGCCUCUAUCAUUUUUGUUUCUACCCACGCUGGGACCUCAGCUGAAAUUGCUGCAAUCGUGUUUGGCUUUUUGGCAAGUCUGGUGUUCCUAACUGACUUUGUCGUCAUGCUGUGUGAGAGACGGCAGGAGAGCCAGCUGAGAAAACCUGAGAACAACGCCAGGGCUGAAGCCCUCACCGAGCCGCUGAAUGCUUAAAGAUGGAGCAGGUGUUGCGGACCAGAAGAGAGCGCCUCCAUGUGACCUGUGUCCCAUGUGCUCCUCUUUUGGAGAGAAGGGAAAGGGCAGGAGGGCAGCUUCUCAGUGCUGGACUGAGUGACAGCCCCGCCAGUUAGCUCAGAGGGUUUUUAAUAACGUUUGGAACGCGUUUCAAAUGGAGGAGGCUUGUUACUUGUUUAUUUUUAAAGACGAGGACUGCUGUCUUUGAAUUGCAUGUCUGUCAUUUGCCACAGGACAGCCUCACCAGGCCUGGCUUCCAGACCCUGUAUUCUCCGUCCUUUCAGGAACUCUUGCAUUUUAAAAUCAUUUGCUUUGCUGUUAGUUUUUGAUAGUUAAGUUCUGUUCUGAUGUUGGAGAUUUAAUUUGUAUUUAAGUUGUUGGUGUGGGCGUCUUUCCUUAAUAUAUGAUCCUUGUAUUUACUGUAUCUUGUUCAACUAUACGUUAUGUGCUAACCUUUAAAGGCAAUUAUUCUUAAUUCUUUCUGAUCCAUGCAUUGCCUAACAGAAAACGCGCAGGCUGCUGGUGUUUUAUGUGUAGAAAAGCAACAGUGUUAAAGCCUUGUGCUUUUUAGAUUGCACUCUGGUUGUUGAGAUUAAGUUUAAAAGAAAAAAAAAGAUUGUCAUGAAUUGCAGAAAAGCUGAAGAAAUUGAUACUACAUCUAGAGACCAAAGAUAGAGUAGACUCUUUGUCCUGUACCGUGGAUAUGACUGUACAGACAGGCUGGACCACUGGGCAGAGAUGUGAAGGGUCAUGCUGUGCACACGGAAACAGUUGGUGGUGUUCACUCUGUGAGCUGGAGACUGGGUCCUUCCUGGCAGAUGUCAUUUCUUCUCAGUGAGCACCGCUCCACAGGCUUCUCUUUAGAGUCCUGGGCUGGUUUGCUCACCCACCCGAGAUGCCUUUUCUGACCUUCUGGACGGUCCCUGUGCUGCGCCACGUCUGCCAUGGGAGCCGUCACUCUUGCCCUUUUCCUUCUCACUCAGAUUCGUGGUCAACUAUCUCCAGGCCGUGCGGACUCUUGUGCCCUAUUAUCACCAAAAGUCCGAGGUAGGAAAGUCAGGUUCUUGUUCCCACAGGCCUCUGCUUGAGUUUCCCUCUGGGGCUGGUGGAGGGGUGUCUUGAGGGAGCAAAUCCUAGAACCCCUGCUGGUGAAUACUGUUGGUGAUGUUGUAAGCCACAGACUGCUCCUGACACUUUGGAAGGAUUGCUUGUUGCUGUAGGGGUAUCUUAGAGCCAAAAGGGACCUUUCUUAUCUUCCUUCUGGGGUUUGACUGAGACUCAGUAUGUCAAGGCUUUCUGUGCCCUGGUGGAGGUUUCCUAGGCUGGGGUUUCUCCCUGAAGACAUGUGAUCAUGUUUCCAGGGAUUUACUGUAAAGUUCCCCUCCUUUUUGGUCUGCCACUGUGUGUGUUAGAUGAUUUGGUUACAAGAGUACAGUUGUAGUUCUCAGACGGGGAUUUAUCCCAGCACACAGCUUCUGCUCUCUCUUACUCGCUGCCUGAUCUGCUGGCAUCAUACCUUAUUGAUCAUGAAACCAAUCAUGGAUGUUGACCUGCCAUCUAAGGGAAGGGAAAGUAGGCUCUUGAAACCAAGAAUAGAAUAAUUCUAAAGAAACCAGUUUAUAGCAGACAGUUUUAGAGUUUCACAUCAGGUUAUACCGUCCAGACCUACGGAGAACUAACAGCAAAUCAAGGCAGCCUUAGUGUUACAGACUGUUAGUCAGCUGUCUGCUACUGUAACAAAAUACCUGAGACAGUCAACUUAAAAGGAAGUCUUGGGGUUGGAGAGAGAUGGCUCAGAGGUUAAGAGUGCUUCUUACUUCUCUGCAGAGGACAGGAGUUCUCUCCAGCACUCACAUGGGAUGGCUCAUGAGUGCCUGAUACUGCCAGGGGAUCCAGUGUCUUUGGUCUCUGGCACCCAGACAUGCAUGGCAUACAUCCACAUAUACAUACAUAAAUUAAAGUAAAUACUAAAAGUUAAAAAAAAAAAAAAAGAAAAAGGAGAGUUAUCUUGGUUUGUGGUUUUGUAGGCUUCAGCCCGGGGUCAGUCUGUUGUCUUAGACGGCAGCGUAUCAUGGUGGGGGUUUGUGGUAGAGCAUACAGAAAGCAAGGAAAGAGUGAGUGUGUCUUGUGAUCCUGUGUUCCCUUUGGGGUAUGCCCCCACUGACCCAGGACCUCACAGUAGGCCCCACCCCUAAAGAUUUCUGACACCUUUCGACAGUGCCAUCCCGGAGAACUGGCCUCUGAUCCCCAGGCCCUGGGGACAGCUCACCUCAUCAGUGCCCCUCUCUGCCCGUGUUUGGCUUCUUCAGGAGGGACAGACAGGCACUCUGGCCUGGCUCCACACAUGUAGCAAUUUAGCAUCCAGUUGUUUACCAUGGGUUUGCUUUGUGCCACGGCUGAGGGCUUCCUCGGCUACUCCUUUUUUUCCUUUUAAGAUAAUUUGGUCACUUGUAUCUGUUGUCACUCUUGGAACUUUCUCUUUUGGGGGACCUGUGACUGGUUGGCUUCUGCCUUCCCUGGGGGGAGAUGGGGUUAAAGACUGUGGCUGAGGGACCAGAGGUCACCAGGCAGAAAAGAUAUCUUCAUUAACAGCUGUGGCAAAUUUGAUUUGCUCUAUUUUAUACAAAUUGUUUGGAAUGGUUUUUAAGACUUAGAGGGGAAAUAUACUUACAGCACAAGACUUUUAUAAUUACUAUACUUAAAUUAUGCUUUAUGUGGGGACCAGGAAAUGUAUUUUUAUAUUACUUAUAUCCAAUCACUUUUGUAUUUGUUGAUUUAAGCCUGUGGGUCUUUUUUAUCACUAUUAAUAUCAACUUUUAUAAUCUUUUAAAAUAAAUCCUUUUAAUUUCAGUGCUGAUUCCUU